AUGAAUAACACUGACGACGAAACAUCUCCAUUCAAUUCCGGUUACCUCACGCCGCCCUUGUCGCCUACCAAGACUGCCAGCACUGAAGACUGGACGUCACCUAGGACGCCUGCUUCGCCCCGCAAGAGUCGCAGCUGCCUCUUCUUCCGGGACAUUGAUAGUGCCAUAGACGACCCACAUCUGACCUCGCCACCACUCUCUCCUACCCAGUUUAAACUCGUCCCUCAUCUCGAGGCACUUUCGGUUCCAGACCUGAGUCCAACUAACCGCGAGUCCAUUUCCGCACAAUCCACUCAUGUUACACUAGCAACAGAACAAGAAGAGACGAAUAACGACCAAUCUCUUUCGUAUCGCUCUUGCGUGCUCACUCGCUUUCAUACACGUUCAUCGCCUGUCACAGGCGACCGUUCUCUUGAUAACGAGGUUCCGAUUUCGACGUUUAGAAUACAUUGUCCAACCACAUUGUGGAAUGCGUCACCUCCGUGCAAGCGGAGACACAGCAAUUGCAGUUCUUCAGACAGUACAGCGGAGAGUUUGGACCUUGCGCCUUCCCUCUUACCAAGUCCUACUACAACGGUCAUUACAGACGAAAGCCCGAGCUUACCAAACACACAUCACACUGAUACAUCUACUGAGGAAAUCUCUUCUCCGAGUAAACUCAACAGAUUCCCCAUCCGUUAUGCCACCUCUCCCUUGAGACCAAGUCAAUGGGUAGCAAGAGGUGGCUUGCUGGCACCGCCUCGCCAGAGUCAAUCAAGCACUCCGGAUCGUUUCAUCGCUGGCCGACGGCCACUACCUAUAGUGCGCGAAAGCUUCGAGCUCAACAAUCCUAUGGAACGUCGGAACAAAGAGCACACCGUCAGCCGUGGUACUCGUGUAGGUCAAGAUGCUUUCAGUCGCCGGCUACGUAGAAGCGGCAGGAUAAAUAACGAGCUACGAGGACUCCGAGAAGCUAAUUCAGUAAUAUCGGAAAGAGCAAGUGCAUACAGAAGGAACGUCAACUUUAGGCACAGAUCUAUCACUCUAAGUGCUCGCCAAAUCAGCACUGGUGCUGUCUGGAAUGUUGGUGGGCCAUCUGCUGUAAGCGAUACGGUGGUAGGUGUAUCUACUGGCAGAGGUAGGAUGCUCGGUAGUGGAACAAAUGCGCCGCUGUACAAGUCUGCUUUUCUCAACCGAGCGGACCCUGAAGCAGAACUAGAAGCCUACGAGCGACGUCUCGCUCUGGCGCUCGAUGUGGACCAGACCGAUCGGAUAUUCCAACAUUCGUCACUCCCAGCUCCCCAGUCCCCAUCACAUGGUGGUCCGGUGCCACAAACAACGCAUACCUGGCGCGAUGGGGCUUGGGUAAACGACGAAGAACUUGCGUUUCUCGAUGCUCCUAACCUUCGCGAUGAUUAUUACUGCACCUUGCUAGCAUACUCGUUCACUUCAAAAUGCCUGGCUGUGGGUCUCGGGAACUUCGUGCAUCUGUGGUCCGAGCGAAGUGGUGUGAACACCCCAGAGUCGCUCAACUCUGUUCCAGCGAAUGGAUCUCCGGAUAACCAGCACGUCACGUCCUUGGACUUUUCAUCUACAAUAGGCGGACAAGCAAUUCUUGCUGUUGGCAGAGCUGACGGUCGGAUUUCACUCUGGAGUCCGUUUGACUCGGAACCACGUUUUGACGCUACGCAACCAAAACCGGUAUCUUGUGUAUCCUGGAGGCCGACUGUCGUUCAGCGCUCUUCUCUGCGUGACAAAGCAUUGUCCGUACCCACCGAAGAACUGCUCAUUGGAGACGAAGCAGGAUACAUAUACUUCUACAGUGUAGAAUGGCCCUCGGAAAACCAGAGUGCGCUUUUUGGCUGGCACGGAGCUAUGACACUUCUUGCUCGCCUGAAGAUCCACACUCAGCAGAUUUGUGGACUCGCAUGGUCGUCAACGGGUGAGCUCUUCGCCAGCGGAGGAAACGAUAACAAUUGUAACCUGUUCGAGACCAAGAAAGUGCUCCAGCCAAGUAGCUCAAGCGAGAACGGAUCAGCUGUUGUUGAUGUCCGCGAGGGCCCUCGUGGUGAAUCCAUCUACACAGUCUCUAAUCGUGCCAACGAUCCUGUCCUCCAUCUUGCCCAAUCAAUAGCAAAACAUACAUGGACACUCAAUGCCGCCGUCAAAGCGAUGGCAUUUUGUCCUUGGCAACGCGGACUCAUCGCCAUCGGAGGCGGUUCCAACGAUCGUUGCAUCCACUUUUACCAUACCCGUUCGGGCACUUGUCUUGCUACCAUUGACUGCGCCGCCCAAGUCACAAGCCUCAUCUGGUCUCGCACACGUCGGGAAAUCGCAGCCACAUUCGGCUUUGCUCAACCCGAGCAUCCAUACCGCGUCGCCGUCUUUGCGUGGCCCAGCUGCGAGCAGGUCGUGGCCGUGCCGUGGUAUGACGAGAACCGUGCACUAUGUGCAGUCGCUUACCCCGGUGGCCCUACGAGAGGUCCACACAGUACGGAUGAAGACCGCGAUGGCGGGCGAGCGAAAGGUGAAGAUGGUGUCUGGUCGCGACGAGGGGUAGAGGAAGGCUGCAUCGUGGUUGCAGCUAGCGAUAUGGCGAUUCGAUUCCAUGAGAUAUGGAGCGACCGGAAAGGCAGUGUGGGCUCAGGCCUGUUGGGGAGCGGGGCUAUGGGGUUACUUGGGGGGAGCGAUAUUCUUGAAGGCCCCUACGCGGGUGGUAUAGAGAGACAGGGUGCUGUGAUUAGAUGA